AUGGGUGAGACAUUGGAAAAUCCUCAAAAAUGCUGCACCAACGAGACCAUACCUCAAAAAUUAAAAGUUCUUGCGAUUCAUGGAUACAGACAGAAUGGAUCAAUUUUUAGACAAAAAACUGGAUCUUUUCGUAAGAUGGUACACAAAUGGGCCGAAUUUACUUAUAUUACGGCACCACAUAAAGUUAGGCUAGUUGAUGAGUUGACUACAGGAGAUUCAGAAAUAGGACAAAGUAAAGAUGAAGAACAAUAUGGAUGGUUUUUUAAUAGAGACGAUAAAUCGUUUCGUGGAAUACGUAAAGGAGGGCCUGCUAUUGGUUUUGAUGAAAGUGCACAAUUAAUUGAAGAUAUUGUAAAGUCUGGGGGGCCUUUCGAUGGGAUUUUAGGAUUUUCACAAGGAGCAUGUUUUGUUGGUUUACUGUGUGACUUACAGCAAAGAGGAUUAUUAAAUUUUAAAUUUAAUUUUGCCAUUAUAUCCUCGGGAUUUAAAUCUGGCAGCUUACCUCAUUUAAAGUAUUACAGUGAUAUUCUUACCAUUCCUACUUUACAUAUUUUUGGUGAAAAUGAUCAAAUAAUUCCUACAGAAAUGUCUGAAGCUUUAAGUUACUGUUUUGAGGAACCAACGAUAGUUAAACACCCUGGUGGUCAUUUUUUGCCCGCUAGUCAACCUCAAAAACAUGAAUAUCAAAAGUUUUUUAAAUUACAAUUGUUAAGAAAACAGUAUGGUGAUCAACAAGUGGACGAGAAUAAUGUAUAA